AUGCCAGGGAGGAGGGAGCGCCUGGAGGAGGGGCGAGGCGAGGGAACGGGUGGCGGCGAGGAAGCCGGCCGGCUAAGGAAGGAGCGCCGGGAGGAGGGAGCGCGCUGCCGCCAGAAGAGGGGAAGGCCGGCAUCGCAGUCAUCGUCGUCCUCCGGGCAGUCCGCGGCGGUCGCGUCGCCCUCCCGCAGGCCCGCCGUCGCGUCGCGUGCUCGCCGCCGUCCCGAAGGGCCGUCGCCGCCACCACGCUCCCCGGCAUGCGCUACGCGCCCGUAUGGUGGCGACGCGCCAUGUGGCCCCGGGCGCAUCGUGCCCACGCCGCCGAUCGCGCACGGCCCGCCGCGAGCGCCUGACGUCGCCGCCGGCGCGCGCUGCGGCGAAGAGGAGCACGGAGGGAGUAGGGACCCGGCGUGCGCGGCGCGGAGCCACGUCGCGGACCCGCCAUGGCCGUCGAGCUCGAGGCCCCCGGAGCCGAGCUGA